AUGGGGUUUCCAUUUCCAGGUGCAUUAGCAAGCAAUUCUUUGUUGGAAUUAUCACACUGGUUUUUCAAUCAAUCCAACAAAAAGAGGAAGUUGAAGCAAUCGUGUUCCAGAAAGUUGGAUGCACCAAAUCUUAAGAAAGUUAAAGUGGUAGAGAAUGAAGCCAUUCUCAUGGAUUUAAAGGAUGGAGAGACUCUUUUUGAGGCAUUCAAUUCUAUUAUUGGUACAGAGAUAAGAGACAAAAAGAGUUGUCUGGAUAUUAAGGAAGCUGAGAUGCAACAAUUGGUACGUCAAGCAAAAGACAAUGCUGAAGAAAUUAAACCAACUGUUGUUGAUUGGCUGAAACGAGUUGAGGAUGUCAAGAAAGAUGCAUAUACUAUUUCUGAGGGUAUGGAGACUGCUAAGGUGAAUUGCUUUAAUAUUGUUAGGCUUCCGAAUUUGAAGUCACGCUAUUUGCUAGGCCGACGUGCGGCGAAAAGAAUGAGUGUUCUUGAAAAGCUUUUAGGAAAGGGGAAUUUUGAUAAAGUUGGAAGCAUUGCCCCAUUAGGCAAAAUGCGUUUUAGUGUAUCAACCCUAUCCUUAGAGGAAGGCUUAGUUUCUAGGAUGUCAACAAAGAAUGAAGUGAUGGAAGCUUUAAAUCAGGAGAAAACAAGCCUAGUGGCGAUUUGUGGUAUGGCCGGCGUAGGCAAGACUACUUUGGUGAACCAAAUAGCCGAUCAGGUUAAGUUUGAGAAAUUGUUUGAUGACGUCGCCAUGGCUACGGUGUCUCAAUCUCCAGACAUGAGGAAUGUCCAAAAUCAACUUGCUGAGCAGUUAGGGCUGACAAUAUCUGAGCAAACUAAUUGUUUAAGAGCUGAAAGAAUUAUUAUGGGAGCUGAAAUUAUUGUGGUCAAUAUGUUGCCUGAGGAAGAAGCAUGCAAGCUUUUUAAAGAGAAGGUUGAAGGGGAAUGCAAAGGUUUACCUCUUGCAAUCGUUGUUGUUGCUAGGGCAUUAAGGAGCAAUCAUACACUAGAAUCCUGGAAUCGUGCCCUUCGACAACUAAGAAAGGACAGAAUGGGAAACCUAAAAGGAGUUCAAGAUUUGGUGUUUUCACGAAUUGAAUUGAGCUAUAAUCAUUUGGAAACUGCUGAAGCUAAGUACCUACUUUUGCUUUGUAGUUUAUUUCCAGAGGAUCAUAGUAUUCCAAUCGAAGACUUGGUUAGGUAUGGACAAGGGCUACAGCUGUUCCAAGAUACGGAGACAUUGAGAGAUGCAAGAGACAAAGUAGACAUGCUGGUUGAUGAGUUAGAAAGCUCCUAUUUGUUGCUAAAUGAUGGUGAAAAAGAAGACUAUGUAAAAUUACAUGAUGUUGUGCGAGAGGUUUGCUUGUCAAUUGCAUCAAAAGCAGAGCAUGAGUUUUUAGUGAGCAAUGCUGGAGUGGGAGAAAAGAAUUCAUACACGGCAAUUUCACUAAUAUCGCAAGAUUCCAAUCAUAAUCUACUUCCAUUUUGCAAGGUAUAUCCAAGGCUUAUGCUAUUGCGUUUGGUAUUCCAAUUCGAUUGGCCAUUCGAAUUAGGGAAAUUGGACCUGCCAAAAGAUUCUUUCUUAGGAAUGCAAGCUCUCAAGGUCAUGGAUUUAAACUUCUUCCAUAUAGAAUUUGCAGUAUCAUGGCCUAGCCAAAUGUUAAGGAGUCUUCGGACACUGUGCCUGGAUAGUUGUUACUUGGGCGCUGGAAUGUCAUCAAUGCUUGGACAGAUGAUGCAAUUGGAAACUUUGAGCCUCUUUGCAUCCGAAAUUCAGGAUGAUCGGUUUCCAGCUGAAAUUACUUGGCCGAGCAAUUUAAAGUUGUUGGAUUUGAGGGUUGAAAGUAGCCUCCACCCCUUGCCUGUUGGUAUCUUGUCGAGCUUGAAGAAACUAGAAGAAUUGUAUUUGGGGUUUCAUUGUCAGUUGCAGCUAGGGAGAGAUAAAGAAGAGGAAAGAGGAUGCCUUAAAGAAAUCUCAUCAAUCUCUAACCUCACAUGUCUCCAAAUUGAUUUAUGUGACCUUAACCUCCUACUUCUACUAUUGCAGGAAUUUGAUACUCAGAAACUGUCAAGAUUUCAUAUUGUAGUAGGUAAGUAUGGAAGAAAAUCGUCAGAUCUCAGCAGAAACUACCAAUUUCAGAAUAGCUUCGAACUUUAUUUCUCUCAUGAUGAACCAUUGGAUGAUUUGUCUAGCGCUGAAGCAUUGAAACAAAUGUUUGAUCCUAAAGUUACUAGCAUUAUCAAGAGAGCUGAGAAUCUCACUUUGGAUCUUUCUGGAUCAUCAUGCUUGAGAAAUAUUGUGCCUCACUUGGGUGGAAAUGGAUUUAUCUACUUGAAAAAGCUUGCUCUGAUCAAAGGACAAUAUGAAUGUCUCAUUGAUUCUGCCGCCAAUCCUAUUGCUCGACAUGUUUUUGAAAAUUUGGUGUCCAUGAAGUUAAGAGAUCUGAAGUUGAACAAAAUAUGGUAUGGAUUUCUUCCACCUUGGUGGUUCAGUCAACUCCAAGAGGUGGAACUUAAUUAUGUAAGUGCUUUGGAGUUUUUGUGGAAGGGGCUAAUCGAACCUCCUUCAUUUUGCAACCUCAAAUCUAUUGAGGUAAGAAACUGUGCUCAAAUUACAACUCUCUUCUCACAGUCAAAAAUGAAAUGUCUAAUGAAACUCCAGAAGUUAGUAGCUUAUGACUGUAAAAAUUUGGAGAGCAUUGUUUUGAGGGAGGAAAGUUUGAAAGAGGAGGUUUCACUCCCUUGCUUGGAAAUACUAGAGAUAAAUAGUCCUAGUGAUGGCCCCGAACUACUAAUAGGAGGUAAAAUGGCUAGCAGGUCUCUUGACAACUUAAAAUCUAUGCAUCUCUACCAUGGUGACUCUAUCCGAUGCAUUGCCAAAGCUGAUACUGUUUCACUGUUACAAAACUUGCAAACACUUGAGCGGUGGUGGGGUAAUAUGGAAUUCCUUAUUGACUUUGAGGGUCUAAAAGUUCCUAAUAUGCUAUCAAAAAUGGGACUUGAAAUUCUUCCCAAAUUAGAGUCACUGAACUUAUUUGCCUGUCCAAGGCUAACCCAUAUUUGGAGGAAUUUUCCUAAAGGGGUUCGAAUAUUCCAAAGUUUAAGAAGUAUACGUGUAGACUAUUGCCCUUUAAACUAUUUGUUUCAUCCUCCUAGUGUGGCUACCAUGCUCAUAAGUCUUGAGGAACUGAAAGUUCGUAGGUGCUCGAAAAUGUGUGGAGUUAUAGGUGAGGAAGAUGAAGAGGUCAGCCAAGAAGAUAAUGCUCAGCAACAUGAUGCUAGAAAACAUGGAGAAAUUGCACAGGAAAGAAUCAGCAAGGAGUUCGUGUUUCUUAAAUUAAACUCUUUGUGGUUGGAAGAUCUUGAGAAUCUUCGAAGCUUUGGUGGCAGUCACUGGGAGGAUUAUGAGUUUAAAUUUCCCCUACUCUCUAAAUUGUUCAUAAUGAGUUGCCCAAAGUUGAAGAAAUUGUGUUCCGGAAAUUUGGAUGCCUCAUUGCUUAAGGAAGUCCAAACAACGCCGAGAGCUAUAGAGAAUUUUGAAGCUCCUGUGGAUUUAAAGGAUACAAAGAUUUGUCCUCAUUAUUAA